CACGUAGGUAAAGCUUGCGUUAAAGGUAAUAGCCAAGAAAAUUCGUGGUGCUUCAGCCCCGCGAGAUAGUGGGUAAGUGCGCCGGCAGACCAGGACCAGGCUACCGCUUAGGUGCUGUUUGUGUUGCAUCAUCAAUCUUCAACUGGGAACACCAACUGAAAUCUCAACCUUCUACCGCAGGUACUAUCGCUCCAUAGCUAGCUGAUCGAAACCAGACGUUCUCUCACUCACCACAUCAAUCCACAUAGAGAAACAGCUGUCAAGUGCUGAAAACACCGCUGAUCUUGUGUCCUUUCGUGCAACUACGUUUUGCGUUCUAUGGCCGCAGUCCGAUCCCGACGGAAGCUAUCUACUACUCCUGGUAGCUUCAGAGUCCGCAAGAAGCGCAGCUUCUUCUCGACGACUGCCUUGACUGCUGUAGCUCCGCAACCGACCAAAGCGAACGAGCUCUUCAAGGAGCCUCAGCCAGUGUCCGUGUUUUUACCAACCACGAUCGACUUGGGCUGGUACCAGCCUUGGCUCCAUGGACAACUCACAAAUAUAUCGCAUGCUGUUUUACAGCUGCAGGUAGGGAAGGAGACACUUCUCGAGGGCAACGCAUUUGAAAAAGUGUUUGCCGCGGUGGCCCAGUUCGCCCGAGAUAACGAAGGGAUUAGCAUCGACGACUUGAUUGAAGACCUUCGCAGAACACAGGGCAUGGAGGAGUCCCACGAGUGUCUCAAGGCCCAAAGAUUACUCGUGUUCGCAAUCUUGGGCUGGCAGUCCAUGCUUUACAGACCUACGUUCAACACUUGCUCGCUCGAGGAGCUGGCAGUCCUCGAGUACGACAGUCAGUCGAACUCUGGACUAGUGUUUGACAAAACCAAAGUGUCAGUUGACCUAGCAGAUCGGCCAUUAUUCGCCAUCUUGAAGGGCUUCGGAAAUUUGUUGCCUUCCCCACCUCCGAACAUAACCCAAGUAGCCAGUGAGAAUAGUAAAUCGGCUGCAACUUGGUUACCCCUGGAUCCUUCUGAAACAAACGCACACCUUCUCAUGGCCUUACUCCACGUCAGAAUUCGUUGGGUUGAUUGUCUGGCGCUGCAUCUCGACUAUAAUAAGUCCAGUAGGACCCUUUCACUUUUCAGCUACCCUUCAUUCUGCGUCGCAAUGCUUCAGUCCAAAGGUACUAUAUUUUCAUUCGCAAGUACGGAGAAGAGAUCGUUCGAUCCACGCGCAAGUGAGGAAGAUAUCUCACAAUUUAUGCGGGAAGUGCUUCUGUCGUUUCGAUUGCUCUUUGGACAGCAUGGACCUUCGAGAAAGCUCUUUCCACAUACAUACAGGCCAGCAGAUCCAAGUCAAAACCUAGACCAACUACUUCCGAUUCUAUGUAUGAAAAAAUCGGUACAGCAACCCUCAGUAUCGCUGUCAUUGCCAGCUGACCAGCCUGUGUAUUUUGCGGCCCAACAUUUCCCCGUCUUGUCCGAGAGGAUCGAGCUUGUUGCGAAGGAACUCAAGAAUUCUCGGCCCGCUUCUAUGAGAGAGCUUCUGCACGACCGACGGGACAAGUUGCAGUAUUGGACCUUUUGGCUCAUUUCAAUAAUAGGGGGUAUAAGCGUGCUUCUGAGUCUAAUUCAAGUUAUUUUGCAAGCAAUACAGUUAGCAAGGGGUUAAACUGGUCUUGUUACCCUUCCUAUAAUUGCUGUGUUUUCAUAGCUUUUCUCUGUUAGUCUCACCUCUUUGGAAUUAUCGCUUUGAAUGGCUUUCAGAUCUACUUAGAGCUAUACUGGGCUAGCCACCGAUACCCCUUGUUCCCUCUCAUACUCAUUCGAUUUCUUUGUUUCCUAGCCACUGUCGCAUAGCGCAAUGAUUCAAC